CCUUGUGUGAGUACCUUACGUGUUGAGAUAGCAAUUUGUGAAGAAACCAAGCAAAGGCAAGGAAAUGAAGGGCCUUUGACAUUUCUAAUUUUCCAAUAUUUAAUAUUCAUUCUUCCCAAAUUGCAUCACUCACACUGCAACACCAAAAUCCAACUCAUUCAAUUCAAGACUUCACUUCUUGUUCCAAAUCAGAGGUCACCUUCAAUCUCCAAUAAUCCCUCUGGUGACUUUUUUUUUAUAUUUCAAUUUUCACUUCAGCUGUUUGAUCUUUCGUUCUUCAAUGAUGCUCAAUUGUGUUUCGUAUUGGAUAUUGGGAGAAUUAUGAGUCGGUCGAACAAAAAUAAGAGUACUUGUAAUGACGGUGGUGCCAGUAAUGAAUCUUCUGCGGGUGGAAUAGCAGGAGAAAGGGAUAGUCAUCUUGAUCAUGAAAUUGCACAGCUCACAAAACUUAGGUCAAGUCCUCAUGAGCUUUUGGGCCGUGUUGUUCCUGGUAGGAUGAGGUUACCUGCAUCUACUGUGAGAAUGUUAGUUGGUAGAGAAGGUAAUUUUUCCGGAAGAGGGAGAUUUUCAUCAGCUGAUGGAUGUCAUGUGUUAAGCCGGUAUUUGCCUACCAAAGGUCCUUGGGUUGUGGAUAGGAUGAAAAGCCGUGCCUAUGUUUCACAGUUUUCUGAUGAUGGUUCUCUUUUUAUUGCUGGAUUUCAGGGAAGCCACAUCCGGGUCUAUGAUGUUGAUAGGGGCUGGAAAGUUAAAAAGGACAUCUCUGCUAGAAACUUACGCUGGACAAUUACUGAUACAUCUCUGUCACCAGAUAAACUCUAUCUUGUUUAUGCCAGUAUGUCACCAAUUAUCCAUAUUGUUACUGUUGGAUCUGCAACAACAGAGUCAAUAGCAAACAUUACAGAAAUUCACCAUGGAUUAAAUUUCUCUUCUGAUGAAGAUGAUGAUGAAUUUGGAAUUUUCUCUAUCAAGUUUUCAACGGAUGGGAAAGAGCUUGUGGCUGGAACUAGUGACAGCUCAAUAUGUGUAUAUGAUCUUGGAGCAGAUAAGCUUAGUCUUAGAAUUCCUGCUCAUCAGUCUGAUGUUAACACCGUCUGCUUUGCUGAUGAAUCUGGACAUCUAAUAUAUUCUGGAAGUGAUGAUAGUUUCUGCAAGGUUUGGGACAGACGUUGCUUUGUCACCAAAGGACAACCGGCUGGUAUCUUAAUGGGACAUUUAGAAGGCAUUACAUUCAUUAAUAGCCGUGGGGAUGGUCGAUAUUUAAUUUCGAAUGGAAAAGAUCAAACUACCAAAUUAUGGGAUAUAAGGAAGAUGUCUUCUAAUGCUAUAAAUCUGGGUCUUGGAGAUGAUGAGUGGGACUAUCGGUGGAUGGACUAUCCUGAAUACGCAAGAAAUCUAAAGCAUCCUCAUGAUCAGUCAUUGGCAACAUAUAAAGGUCACUCGGUGUUGCGUACUUUAGUACGCUGUUAUUUCUCACCUUCAUACAGCACUGGUCAAAAGUACAUUUAUACCGGGUCUAGUGAUUCCUCUGUAUAUAUAUAUGAUCUGGUAAGUGGUGCACAAGUUGCGAAACUUGAUCAUCAUGAAGCACCUGUACGAGAUUGUAGUUGGCACCCAUUUUAUCCAAUGAUGAUCUCUUCAGCUUGGGAUGGUGACAUUGUGAGGUGGGAAUUUCCUGGGAGUGAUGAAGCCACUGUUCCUCCAAAUAAAAGAGCAGGUCGAGUUCGUCGGAGAAAUUUGCUUUAUCUAUAGCUUAUGCUCUUUGUAUAUUUUAUUAACUAUAUGGAAGCUAUGUGUCUCUUCUUGCACUCUUCUCCUACAGUUAUAGAAAGGGUCCCAAAAAUUUGUUAUUAUUUAUACCUUGUUCUUCCGUUUUGCAAGUCUAUCAGGGAUGAACAUGAAGCCUUAGUUAUUGUACAAUGCUGUCCCCUUCUGUAUUUAUAGAGUCCAAAUCGUUACUGGGCUGUUAUAUCUUCCUGACUUUUGAAAUUUUGAAGGGUGAAAUUUAUAUCAGAUGAGCCCUGAA